AGUUGUUGGUGCACCUGGUUGUCGGAGGGAUCGAAACUGAACGUCUAGUACAGAACUGGCAUGAAUGGAAACGGGGAAGAGAUAUAGCAUGAGUUGUCAUUGUUAGCUAGGGAAAAAAAAAGAUCUUUACAUGUGAUGUGUUGAUGUUUAGAAUAUAUUUUCAACUGAAUGAUUGAAUGAAAAAUAUUGCUGCUAAAAUAUAUGCCAAGCUCAGGUCUUUGACAGUAAAACAAAUAUUUUGCUGAAAUUGGGAAGCGGAUUGAUUGGAAGACUUAGCCGACUAGCAAGAAGGAAGAUCACUGUUAGCAAAGUUAAAGAUGCUACAAACAAUAAUUGAACUUUCUAUCGAAAAUAAGAUAUUUUAUGCCGUUCUAGUGUUUUCAUGGACAGUGUAUCUAUGGGAGGCCUAUCUAUCCCACAGACAGCGGACGAUAUACAAGUCCACUACGCAUGUUCCUGUGGAGUUGGGGAAGAUCAUGGACUUGGAAACCUUCGAGAAAUCGCGCCUAUACCAACUGGACAAAAGCAACUUCAGUUUCUGGUCUGGACUGUAUUCCGAGACAGAGGGAACGCUGAUCCUGUUGUUGGGCGGAAUCCCGUUCCUCUGGGCCGCGGCCGGAGCUGUGACGGGGCGAUUCGGACUUGGGUCUGAAUAUGAGAUCUCCCAGUCUCUGGUCUUCCUGAUGCUGGCUACACUCUUCAGUGCCUUCACUGGCCUCCCCUGGAGUAUCUACAGCACCUUCGUCAUCGAGGAGAAGCACGGCUUUAACCAGCAGACCCUGGGCUUCUUCCUGAAGGACGCGGCGAAGAAGUUUGUGGUGACGCAGUGCAUCCUGCUGCCCGUCACCGCCCUGCUCCUCUACAUCAUCAAGAUCGGCGGCGACUACUUCUUCAUCUACGCCUGGCUCUUCACCCUCGCCGUGUCUCUGGUGCUGGUGACUAUCUAUGCGGAUUACAUCGCCCCGCUCUUCGACAAGUUCACCCCACUGCCAGAGGGGGAGCUAAAGGAGGAGAUCGAGAACAUGGCCAAGUCCAUCAGCUUCCCCCUCACCAAAGUCUACGUGGUGGAAGGGUCCAAGCGGUCGUCGCACAGCAACGCCUACUUCUACGGCUUCUUCAAGAACAAGCGCAUCGUGCUGUUCGACACCCUGCUGGAGGACUACUCCCCCCUGAACAAGGCAGGGGAGGCGCAGAGCGAGCCCAGGGAGGAGGAGGAGGAGGAGGAGGAGGAGGAGGAGAGCAAGCCCAAACCCAGGCCCAAGAAUAAGAGACAGGGCUGCAGCAACACCGAGGUUCUGGCCGUUCUCGGGCACGAGCUGGGCCACUGGAAACUGGGUCACACUGUCAAGAACAUCGUCAUCAGCCAGAUGAACUCUUUCCUGUGCUUCUUCCUGUUCGCUGCCCUGAUUAGUCGGAAAGAGCUGUUCCUGGCUUUUGGUUUCCACGACAGCCAGCCCACUCUGAUUGGCCUGAUGAUCAUUUUCCAGUUCAUCUUCUCUCCCUACAACGAGCUGCUGUCGUUCUGCCUGACGAUGCUGAGCCGGCGGUUCGAGUUCCAGGCGGACGCCUUCGCCAUGGCGAUGGGCCGGGCCUCCGAGCUCUACUCCGCCCUCAUCAAGCUCAACAAGGACAACCUGGGCUUCCCGGUGGCCGAUUGGCUGUUCUCCACCUGGCACUACUCCCACCCCCCCCUGCUGGAGCGGCUGAGGGCGCUGGGCGGGACCAAACGGGACUGACGCCGCCCCCACAGGAGGCCCCGCCCCCUGUAGCCCCUCCCACCACCAGGAACUUCCCCCAUGACAUCACCUUCAUCCUCUCUCGCUCUCUCUCGCUCUCUUUCUGUCUCACUAUCUGGCUGUGUCCGCAUACUUGGCAUACUACUCCUACUAUUCACUCGUACUUCAAUGGAAAUGAGCCUGUAAUUUAGUAUGAGUGGUGUGCGGUUUCACUUCUCUCUCCAUCUCUUUCUCGCUCUCUAUCUUUCCCCCCUUUUCUCUAUCUUUGCACACUAUCUCUGUCCAUCUCUCUCUCUCUCCCUCUCCCCCCCUCCCUCUCUCCCUCACCCUCUCUCUCUCUCCCUCCAUCCCUUCCCCUCAGCUCCUCUCUCCUCUGCCACUGCAGGCUCCUGCCUUUUCUGCAGAAGGAGUUUAAGCAUGACUGAAAGCACACACAGACACACACGUACACACACACACACACACACACACACACACACAGGCGAGACCCUGCUGUGUGGGGUCCCCCCCCCCCCAGCUCCUCUCUCUGCCACUGCAGGGCUCCUGUCUUUUCUGCAGAAGGAGUUUAAGCAUGACUGAAAGCACACACAGACACACACAUGUAUACACACACACAGGCGAGACCCUGCUGUGUGGGGUCCCCCCGUCCCUCGUCCCCCCCCCCUCAGGUGAAAACCGAGCCCUUCAGGUCAGGUGACCCGCGGCAACACCAACCCGGGCCUUGAGUGUGGCGGUUCCUCGACCUACGGGAGCGGAUCCGUGUUCAGCAGGGAAUACCCCUCGUGUGUUCCCCGUACGUGUCCCCGACAGCUUUACCUUUUUACCGGGUCGUUUUUCUAUUAUUAUUAUUAUUAUUCUUAUUAUUCUUUUAAAAUUCCCACAGCCCCUGUGAUUCGGGGUAUCCGUUUCACUGGCUGUGAAGCUUAUGAAAUCGACCUGCUCGUUUUUACCCCUUUAACAUAUCAUUCCAUUACGAUCCUGCUCUCUUAACCACGGGGGGGGGGGGUCCCAAUCCUGCCUGUGAGGGGCUGGCGUGGGUGCAGGUUUGUGUCUUUGCCCAGCACUACAGCAUCUGAUUCAAGUAACUCACUAAUCGUGGUCUUCAGUUAAGUGUUUUAGUGCUUUGCUAGAACAAAAAACCUGCACCCACACUGGACCUUUUCGGGGACGAUUGGACACCCCUCCCGUCUUACGAUCUGUCAUCUAAUUCUUGCUUGUGUAAAUUUUAUUGGUUUGUAGGGGAGGGAGGGGGGUAGAGGGGUGCAAAACCAGCUUGUUCGACCCAGCGAAAGUGUUUAAUUUAGUUUAAUCUACGGAAGUAUUUAAUUUCGACGUUGAAUGGCUUGAGAGUGAAACGGCCUUGAAGAGUGUCAGGUUGAUGGGCAAAGAAGGGGUGCCUGACUGGUGUGGUCUGCACAGGGUUGCGUGCGUGCGUGCGUGCGUGUGCGUUACGUGUGCGUAUGCGUGACCUGAAAAUGGCAGUCCAGGUGUUUGGCCUCUGCACGGAAAGCUUUCAGGCAGCAGUGAGGUUUAACUGAGCCAGUUCUCACAGCCCAAAGCGUACUCAGCUUCGCAUUUAUGCAUCAGCUCUGGUCAGCAAUUUUUAAAAUAUCGCUGGGGCUUAUGAAAAAAAAAAAAAAACAACAAAAAAAUACAUUUCUUUUACGCUGCGGUUUCAGUAAUUUGUAACGCACAUGAGAGUUUUUUUUAUGUCCUUUUUUUUGUAAAAAUUUAAAAAGUGAAAUCUGAAAAUGAACAAAAAGGGGGGCUUACUGUUAAGUGUAAAUAUUUAAUUUGGGGUUAUCGCAUCGAUGGCAAAAGAAAAGAUUGAGGGAUAUUUAAAUGGGGAUUAGGAGUCUUCUGUUUUUGUGUUUUUGACCUUGUUUAGUUUCUUUUGUGUUUCUGUGCCUGCGUAUGGUGUGUGGGACGUGUGACUCUGGUCUGUCUACCUGCUCCGGGGGGUCAAGGGGUCAUUUCCCAGAAUGCAGUGCUUCUCUGGCCAACAGAAAGCACCCUUGCACACCAUGUUAAUCUUGUGUUUUGGUUUGAAAUAAUGUACUUUUCUUGCAACAUUGUGAAUAAAGACAUCACAAUGA